AUCGGAGAUAGUUUCAAUUUUAGUCUUCUUUUAUCAAUAUUUAAAAAAAAAGUUAAGAAUGAAUUAAAAAUGCACAAGCAAUGUGAAGUGGAUGGAUACACAUGGAUGAUGAUCGGAUAUGAACUACACAGCAGCAAACCCAACUAAACACGACUCACUCUUAUUUAUCUUCCCUCCCUCCCUACCUUAUUCACACACACACACACACACACACACCUACUUAUAUAUACUCUUACUAUAUAUAUAUAUAUCAUCUUCAUACACACCUAACAAUAAUUCACACACACACACACACAUACUGAUACACUUAUAAAAGCUUAAAUAAAAUGUUAGGGCCCUUACUCAGAACUGCAAAAUCAACAUAUCGAUGGCGUUGUACAUCAAUCAACGCUGCCGGAAUGAUGACGUCAUCACCUAGAAGAAGCACUUUCAGCUCACAGUCAGACAACAUAAAUGUGCUUCCGGAUGGAAUCGAUCGGAGCUCCGAAUCAUUUAUUCGUAACUCUAAACAAAUGGAAUCCAUCAUUUCUCAGCUUCACUCUCACAUUCUUCAGGUUAAUGAAGGUGGAGGAGAAGAAGCUGUAAAGAGGCAUAGAAGUAGGAACAAAUUGCUUCCGAGGGAGAGAAUCGAUCGGUUAAUCGAUUCUUCUUCGUCCUUUCUCGAGCUCUCUCAGCUUGCAGGACACGAGUUAUAUGAAGAUCCCCUUCCUUCUGGCGGCAUUGUCACUGGGAUAGGACCAGUGCAUGGGAAGUUAUGUAUGUUCGUUGCAAAUGAUGCUACAGUCAAAGGAGGAACAUACUAUCCAAUUACUUGUAAAAAACAUCUCCGAGCCCAGGAGAUCGCAGCUCUAUGCAGGCUACCAUGUAUAUAUCUUGUUGACAGUGGUGGUGCUUUUCUUCCAAAACAGGCUGAAGUUUUUCCUGACAAGGAGAAUUUUGGGAGAGUAUUCUAUAACCAAGCUCGCAUGUCUUCAGAAGGUAUUCCCCAAAUUGCUCUGGUGUUAGGCUCUUGUACAGCAGGGGGAGCGUACAUACCCGCAAUGGCUGAUGAAAGUGUUAUGGUCAAAGGAAACGGUACCAUAUUCCUUGCAGGACCUCCACUUGUGAAGGCUGCUACAGGUGAGGAAGUGUCUUCUGAAGAUCUAGGGGGUGCAGACAUUCAUUGCAAGGUAUCAGGUGUUUCAGACUAUUAUGCACAAGAUGAAGUGCAUGCACUCUCCAUAGGAAGGAAUAUUGUUAAAAACUUGCACAUGGCCGGAAAUGAAGGGAUGAUGGAUGCUUUGCGAGGCAACAUUUCUGAUUACAAAGAGCCACUUUAUGAUGUGACAGAGCUCCGGACAAUCGCGCCUGUAGAUCUAAAGCAGUCUUUUGACAUUCGGUCAGUUAUUGCUCGAAUAGUUGAUGGAAGUGAAUUCGAUGAGUUCAAACAAUUGUAUGGCACUACCCUUGUAACAGGCUUUGCCAGAAUUCUUGGACAGCCUGUUGGAAUCAUUGGAAACAAUGGGGUGUUAUUUAAUGAAUCUGCUCUAAAAGGAACCCACUUUAUCGAAUUAUGUUCUCAACGUAAUAUUCCACUGGUGUACCUUCAAAACAUUACAGGAUUUAUGGUUGGAUCAAAAUCAGAGGCCAAUGGUAUAGCAAAAGCUGGAGCAAAGAUGGUGAUGGCUACAGCAUGUGCUAAGGUACCCAAAAUAACCGUUGUUAUUGGUGGAAGCUUUGGUGCUGGAAAUUAUGCAAUGUGUGGACGUGCAUAUAGUCCAGACUUUAUGUUCUUCUGGCCAAAUGCUAAGAUAGGUGUGAUGGGUGGUGCUCAGGCUGCUGGAGUGAUGUCUCAGAUAGAAAAGAGCAAGAUGAAGAAAGAGGGAAUUCAGUGGUCAAAGGAAGAUGAAGAGAAAAGCAAGGCCAAGUUUAUAGAGGCAUAUGAAAAAGAAAGUAGCGCGUAUUAUUCGACAGCCAGGUUAUGGGAUGAUGGCAUUAUUGAUCCUGCUGACACUCGUAAAAUCUUGGGACUCUGUAUCUCUGCUUCUAGGAACCGUCUUCCAGAACCCACCAAAUUUGGUGUAUUCAGAAUGUAAACAUACGGGUUGUAUAAAACUAGCAAUUUGGACAUGAAAUAUGAAGGUGUUUUACUUGAGUCCUAUAAAUGUGGGGGUGUUUUAAGACUUUAUUUAACCGUUUA